ACACUGUCAACUCAAGACAGUCCUUCACAAUCUCAGUCGCUAAAUUGAGCAGACUUCGCUUGAACCUCGCAUUGAACUCUUGUCCAAGAUCUGUCUCGGUACCGUUGAAGGCGAAUUUGUUCUAGCUUACCCAGAAAAUCAUUAUGCAGAGCGCGACACUACUCCAGGACCUGGGCCGACAUGCUGACACCUUGCGACAAAUUGUAUUCAGCUCCGACAGCCGGCUCCUAGUGAACCUGUCGUUAUGCGACGAUCCUAUCAAUAUCUGGGAUCCUAGCGACGGCCAGCUACAAAGUAGCACUGCAGGGUGUGACGAUAUAACCUGGGAUGUCACGUUCUCUGAGGACAGUCAACACAUGAUCACAGCAAAUGAUGAUGGUCUUGCAAGACUCUGGAACACUACUACUGGGGAUUUGAUACGGCAAUUUGGGGAUGAGGAGGGAGACCGCAUGUACGCAGCAGCUUUCACGCCCGAUGGCCGUUCAGUGGCCACUGGAACAGAUGUUGUGCAGAUUUGGGAUAUUGAGAGUGGUACGUUACGCCAUACUCUUAUUGGCUACGACGACCGCAGAUCGACUGGCGUUUCAAUCGAGGCGAUGGAUCAUGCCAUGAGAGAUUCACAUGAAAUUUGGAGCAUUGACUUUUCACCGGAGGCCAAAUACCUUAUCUCUGUGUCUUGUAAGACAGAUACAGUUCGCCUGUGGGAUAUUGUUGACUGGGACUUAAUGUUUACGUCGCAAGGUAACGCUUUAUGGUUCUCUCCAAACGGAACAGUGUUCGUGACUGCAGGGCAUGGCAUAGACACACAAGUUUGGGAUACAAUUACCUUUGAGCUACGCUACACUUUACAAGGGUCUGGCGGAGUGUUCUCACCAAAUAGCGAACUGAUUGCUACUACCGGACGCGAUCAUACCAUAUCACUACGGAACCUAGAGACUGGGCAAUUUGUCAAGACUCUGAAAGGCUAUGGCACAGCUCAGCCAUCGGUCAUGUUCACUCCUGACAGUGAAACGAUGAUCACCAAUUCCGGUAAAAUCAUUCAUAUCUGGAAUGUAGCGACUGGUGAGCUACAGUAUCUGCUUGAAGACCACACAGAGAAAAUUCUCGCUCUUGCCCUUUCACCCAACAGCAAUAUUCUGGCGUCUGGCUCGCGAGAUCAUACUGUAAGACUUUGGAACAUAGCCAGCGGAGUAUGCUUGCAAACGCUCGAGGGCCAUGGAGAUGAGGUCUGGGGUGUCGCUUUCUCCCCUGAUGGGACAAGAUUGGUCACUUCCAGUGACCACGGAAUAGUAAAAUUGUGGGAGAUUCAUCAGCCAUAACUCCAGUUGUUCUUCAUUCACAGCGACCAAAGACACACUCACUCUCGGAAACUUUACUCACUACCACAUACCAAUGUCCGCUCAAACUCCCGACUAUAGAUUAUUUCCGUCUCCGCAAAUGCUCCAUCACGUCUACACACCACUGCCUCCGCCGCCCCCCACCACCAAAAACGGGGC